UGGGCUAUAAAACAAACUAAGUACUCCAGUUAAAAUUCUAGGAACGAUCGAAUCACACCUUACUCAUACAGCACAAAUCACCUAACCUCUUGAGCGAAGUCUAAUCUGGACGUUAUGGUACAUGCAGUGUAUCCUUGACCGGCUGUGUACAAGUGUACACAUGUACUGGCGUUUUCUUUGUCUAUAUAAUGCAUAACCAAAGAAAGAUGUAGAGGGAAAACACAUGUUAUUUUCGAGAAUUUCGUCCAUCUUUCUUGGAAAACAUGGUCCACAUUUUACGGUAAAAGUUGUUCUAAAGGAAAAAAUAAAUCCACUGUUUUCGUGAUGUACGUGUGUACGUUUCAUAUUAAUUUAACCCGCGUCCGUGACGGAUCGACCCAGUGUGUUGGUCAAUGUACAGGCUACCUUGAACUCUUCGACUUUUCACCCGAUUGUGACUGUACGUCGUUAUAUUGUGAUAUGUAUUGUGCCACUGCCGCCACAAAGUAGGCCUACCUACGAACGACAGGUUGUCUACAGCUGUCAAAAUAUUGGAGUAAUCAAGCAGAAAAGAGAACAUGGACACAAAAUCACUACAGAGUCUGCUCAGCGAUCCGAGCCACUAUGCCAAGGCGUUCAAAGUCUUCUGCGCUCGGUCUGCCAAAUUCAGGGUGUACUCUGACUGGGUGGACGGUGUGUUUAGCGAGGCGGUGGUUGGUAAGCUCCAGGCCACAAUGGACGGACGAGAAGAGCUACGGGUCCUUGGAGUGGGCAGUGGGUCAGGUGAAAUGGACUGUGCGAUGUUGGAGAAGCUGAAGAGGCGAUUUCCACGCAUCAACAAUCGUGUAGUUGAGCCUUCUCGGGAGUUGCUUGGCAAGUACAAGGCAUUGGCUCAAUCCAAGGCUCACGAACUACAAAGUGUCGAGUGUGAUUUUCGGCAGCAGACGCUCGAGCAAUACGAGAAGGCGGGAGAUGCGACCAAGUUCCACUUCAUCAGCGCAGUUCACUGCAUGUACCACCUGCACGACUAUGACAGCUCCCUGGAGUAUCUGUACAACUGCCUGAUCCCUGGCGGAGCAAUACUUGUGAUCCAUAUGUCAGAAAACACUGGAUUGAGUCGGUAUAGGACACGCUUUCCAUGUCUUCAACCGAGCGACCAUAACUACAGCACUUCGGCCGACAUACGCAGCUCCUUAGACCGUCGUGGCAUACCAUUCACGCAGCACCCCUAUCCAGUGCGCCUAGACAUCACCAAGUGCUUCGACCAAGCUUCGGAGGAAGGCGGCCUGCUGCUGGAUUUCCUCACCUUUCACGUGAACUUCAGGGAAACAGCGCCUGAAGAUUUGCAAAGAUCGGUCAUAGAGUGUUUCGGUGGCAGCGACUGUUCGGAGAGGAAAAAUGAUGCCAUUUAUCUGAUCAUUGACUGGGAUGCAAUUGUUAUAAGCAAGCCUAAACACUAACGAAACCACAUAAUAAUAAUUAUCUAGUGAGUGACUGCGUGCGAUUUUUUCUCUUCAGCAUAAUGCACAAGACUAGUGUUCAGUAGCUUCUCAUUCACUUGACUAUCACGGCGAAAUUUGCUCCGUGCUCUUUCAAAGAUCCCGCCUGUUUCAGUUUGUCUAGGAUAUCCGAUUCGUAAGUGUGACGUCAUUCCAACUUGACCAUGCGUACUGCUCACAGUGGUGUAGCAUUUGAACCAAUGGAACCAGAAGUAAGUGCAACUUGACCGCUAUGUGAUCAGUGGUGCGUGCACGUGUAUGGUAAGACUAUGGAGCUUUAUAGCCCCAUGGUAUGACGAAGUCACUGCACACACAGCCAAGAACCGAACACUUCGCCCAAACCAUGGAGGACACACCCCACACAGACGUGUUGAUUACUCGAUGCUUAGGGACACAAGGACUUUAAAACGAACAAAUCCAAUUUCCAUUCGGUCUAUUGUCAUACACGGUGACCAACGCGUCCUUUGAGACAACAGUCGCGCGCCAAGGAAAAGGACGCAAAAACACUUUUGGUAAUAAUCAAGUUCAAAGGUUUUGUGCUCCCAUUUCUAAAUUGCAACGGCUGAAACUUUGACUCAUGAAAUUCGUUAAUAAUUAAAAUAUUGUGCAUGUUUAUUUCAAAGCAUUACUUAAUUUUGACGUUAUUUACAUUUUUAUGCUAACGACCUUUCACCGGGAACUCCCCCUGUCUUAAACUUGCGCUUAAGCGGCAUGUUAAAUCAUAACGUCCUUAAGUUUGCUGGAAAUAAACUUGGCUUUACGUACCCAAUUCAGUGGGUCGUUAGCGCACUUGGAACAUAUUCUGUUACAUUAAUAUUACAUGCUAACACCCUUUUGCUGGAAAAAAUAAUGAAAAACCUCCUCCCGUCUGAAGUUGCAUACUGUUAAUUACGUCAGAAUGACGCAGCUCCUUGAGACAAAAAUAAUGUAUAUCAAAUGAAAGAUAUUUCAAUGCUCUAUCGAUUACCCGAAUAAUCCAAAUUUGCCCCUUGCCGGCGACCCAUUUUUCGCCCUAGCGACCUUCUUCCACGCACCCGAACUGUUGCAAUAAAUAAUAAUAAUAAUAAUAAUAAAAUAA